AUGCAAAUUUUUGUAAAAACUUUAACUGGUAAGACCAUUACCUUGGAGGUUGAAGGUUCUGACACUAUUGAAAAUGUCAAGACCAAGAUCCAAGACAAGGAAGGUAUUCCACCUGAUCAACAACGUCUCAUUUUUGCCGGUAAACAAUUGGAAGACGGCAGAACUUUGUCGGAUUACAACAUUCAAAAGGAAUCCACUCUCCAUCUUGUCCUCCGUCUCCGUGGUGGUAUGCAAAUCUUUGUCAAGACAUUGACCGGCAAGACCAUCACUCUUGAAGUCGAGGGAUCUGACACUAUCGAGAAUGUCAAGACCAAGAUCCAAGACAAGGAAGGAAUUCCACCUGAUCAACAACGUCUUAUCUUUGCUGGCAAGCAGCUCGAAGACGGCAGAACUUUGUCGGAUUACAACAUUCAAAAGGAAUCCACUCUCCAUCUUGUCCUCCGUCUCCGUGGUGGUAUGCAAAUCUUUGUCAAGACCCUCACUGGUAAGACCAUCACCCUCGAAGUCGAAGGUUCGGACACCAUUGAAAACGUCAAGACCAAGAUUCAAGACAAGGAAGGUAUUCCACCUGAUCAACAACGUCUUAUCUUUGCCGGUAAACAAUUAGAAGACGGCAGAACUCUUUCCGACUACAACAUCCAAAAGGAGUCCACUCUCCAUCUUGUCCUCCGUCUCCGUGGUGGUAUGCAAAUCUUUGUAAAGACCCUCACUGGUAAGACCAUCACUCUUGAAGUUGAGGGAUCUGACACCAUUGAGAAUGUCAAGACCAAGAUUCAAGACAAGGAAGGUAUUCCACCUGAUCAACAACGUCUCAUUUUUGCCGGUAAACAAUUGGAAGACGGCAGAACUUUGUCGGAUUACAACAUUCAAAAGGAAUCCACUCUCCAUCUCGUCCUUCGUCUCCGUGGUGGUAUGCAAAUCUUUGUAAAGACAUUAACUGGUAAGACCAUCACUCUUGAAGUCGAGGGAUCUGACACCAUUGAAAAUGUCAAAACCAAGAUCCAAGACAAGGAAGGUAUUCCACCUGAUCAACAACGUCUUAUCUUUGCUGGAAAGCAGCUCGAAGACGGCAGAACUCUUUCCGACUACAACAUCCAAAAGGAGUCCACUCUCCAUCUCGUCCUCCGUCUCCGUGGUGGUAACUAA